ACCAGACAGCUUUUUUUUCACUCGACUGGAUCGGACUGGACACGCUCGUGAGUGGGAGCAUUCACAACACAUCAUGUUGGUCAAAGUGAGAUUUGGUGAAACUCAGAAGUAUGUUAAAGUUGCCCAAACUGAAGAGGGCUAUGAAGACUACAAUACAUUUCUUCAGAAAGUCAUAGAAAAGUUAGGUCUUCCAUUGCAGACCGAGCUGCAUGUCACAGAUGAUUCUGGGACAGAAGUGGAUGCGGAUGUGUAUGAGGAGCUUUUAAAAGCAGGGAAUCUUAUCAUUCAUGUGUCCACAGAAAAGUCUACAGUUGUGCUUAAUCAAGAUUUCUCACAUUCUACGUCAGAGUUGCUUGUGUCCGACCAGUCAUCCUCUGUGGCGUCUGAUUCAUCAGAUGCAACAGUGAUUCAUGAUAGAAACAAUGUAUAUAAAAGAACCCACAUUGAGCGGGAAUCAGCAAAUGAGAUGGUGAGAAACGUUCUCCAUUCUAAGCCGGGGGGAGAAAAAAUCUUGCACGAGUAUGACAAAACAAAGACAUUGACGGAUGCUACACGGCGACAAAUGGUAAACCUCCUGGUUGCAGACAUGAUGGAAGUACAUGGGAGAAUACCACCAACCCAUGUGCGAACAAAAUAUGCUGUUGGCAUCACCACUCUAUUUCCCAACCUUAGUGAUCCAUACUCUGGAAACGGAUAUGAACACUACUAUGAUGCAGAAAGUGGGUCUGGCUACUUGGCCUGGAGGAUAAAGACCGUCCAGCGCAACACUGCAGUUCAAUCUCGGAGAUGCUCCACCAGCACUACGUAUGGUCCAAAGAGCAAGAGGGAUUUUCUCCUGGCUGACAAGCAACUGUUCGGCGAGGAAUGCCGUGAGGCAAUAUCCUUAUUGAAACAUUCAACUGAUGUGUCAGUUGUCAAAGAUAAGAUGAUGGCAACAUUUCAAUACCGCCAGACGCUAGUUCAGGACCAGCAAAACUCUGCAACAGUCUUGGAUGUGUUCCCGCGGUUUCUCGACAUCCCCGGCUUGAUUGACCAAGAUUUUACCAUGAUGUUUGGAGAAGAAGUUUCUGGCAGAUUUUUGGCAAAAUGGCCGACGUACUUCAAACCCAGGCUCCUGGCAGACUGCAAGAACCGGACUUCUAAUGAGCAUGUUGAAGAACUCUUGUCUGCGCAGCAAAACUCAAAUGAGUCUGGUAAGUGUGCCUCAUUCUGCCUUUAAAACAUUUACACAACAGAUUCUUAUCAUCUUACCUUAAGUAUUGUCUUUGGCAUAAUCUGUCUUUUUUUAAAUAAUAUUUUAAGAUAGAAAUGUUUCUGAACAUCUUACACCUAAUUCUACUUUGCUC